AUGGCAUUAGCAUCUAACUCCAAAACUCACUGUAUGGCCAUCAAUCUCACCACUGCUUCUCUUCACUCAAACCCUUCCUUUCUCACACACAAACAUCACAACCCCAUCAAAUUCUACCACCCUUCUUCCUCUUUACUCACAACUUCUGCCCAAACACAAGGGACUGACACUCCAAUCACGCACCAAGAUGCUUCUCCUGGAAAUGGAUCUUUAUCUUCUUCUCGUGCCCAGUUGGAUCUUUUGGACCAACUUACAUCUACAAGCUCACCAAACAGUGGCUAUGAAAGUGAUGGUAGCUCUGGAAAACUUACAAUCCGAGAGCAGCUUGCGCAGCUGAUUGGAGAAAGGGAUGAUGAUUUCAGCAUACCCCUAGGCAAAAACUUGAAGAAAGUGAGUGCAAAGUUCUUGACCAUUUCACAAAAGAGAAAUAUCAGGAGACAAGCUUACCUAAAUGAAGUUUCACAAAGGAAUGAUUCCGUUUUCUUUGCAACCAUAGGAGCAUUUGUGAUUCUUCCACCUUUUAUAAUACUAGGAAUAGCUAUAUUGACAGGCUAUGUACAGCUUUUUCCUUGA